CCCAAGUUGGCAAUUCAAUCAAUGCCUUCAUCAUCUUCACCGCCAAGCGGGACAAGCAUGGCCUCCACCUUCUCCUCCUCGUCCUCUGCUGAGUCUCGCCACUCAGAAACGACUGCUGGAAAUUUCAGAGAAGACCGGUUCUUGCUGCCAGAUGAAGAACAGACGAUCCUAUCCGUGCUGGGAUUAGAAUCAACAAGAAGGAGAGUUGAUGUCUCGGAGAAAAAAGACACAAGCGCAAACACGGACGCGAAUGCAAAUACGAACGCAUGCGAGUUGCUGAGAAGAGCAUUGACAUCCGAGGCAAAGGAGUGGGCACAUGAUCGCCAUGUGGCUGCAGGUCUGAGUACUUGCUUGAUGCGGCUUUGCACCCGGUAUUUGUUGAAGGAGAAAAGGCGGGGAAGAGCACUAGAUCCUGUUGCCAAUUUCCAUGUGCGCAACGGAGCGAGUCUGGAGCGGCUUAAUUGGAUGGCUGACACCUCAGAGAAGGGGCUGCGAAUGAGUGCUGGAAUGAUGGUGAAUUACAUGUACAGGCUGGAACGCAUAAAGGACAUCAAUGAGGCCUACAUCAACGACGGGACAAUUGCUGCAUCGAGCACCCUGCGAUCUCUCCUGUGAGAAGAGUUCAGAUCCGAUCAUCCAGCUAAUAUGAAGGUGAUGUCUUGGGUGGUUGUAUGAUUGACUGAAUUAUUCAAUUAUUCAUCCAAUCAGAGCAUUGGAUGA